AAAUUAGGGCCCGACCCGUCCGUACGAUUCGGCUCCAGCCAAUUGGGGGAUUUUGUUUUGGCCUCCUCUUCUCACAUACGCUCUCUGUAUGUAUAUCGAUCCGUAUAUGCAUGAUACGUGUAUAUAUAUAUAUAUACGCGCACCAGAGGAAAAGAGAAUAUUUAUGUGCAAGUUGCAGCAGCUGUCGAGCUUGAGAGAGAGAGAGAGAUGAUUGGUAGCGCACGCUAAUAUCCUUCGCCCACACUCGUGUUUUCGUUCGUUUGCCCUGCAUUGCUCCGUCGCUUUCUUCUUCGCCGAGAAAAUCUUUUCCGGAGUAUAAAACGAGGGAAUUCAUCAUGUCAAAGCCUGGUCAGCUUCCACCUCGAUGCCCAUCUCAUAAGAAACAACAGACAUCUAACCCCGUCUCCGAUGUCUUUUCUUCUUCACCUAUUGAAUCAUACAUUGGCCAGUUUCAGCCUUCUCCUCAAGAUUCCACGCUCAAGAAUCAGCCAGCUUGGCUAGACGAAUUGCUUGGGGAGAAACCACAUGGGAAUCUAAUGGGAGGCCCUCUCCGCCGAUCAGCUAGUGACUCAGUUGUGCUUAUGGGAGACCUCAUUCACGACUUGUCGGGUUUCAAUAUCGAAGAUGAAGAAAGUUUAGGGAUUGAAGCUUGUGGGGAACUGCAGUCAGCCUGUGUCUAUGGUCCCAAUUCGCCCAGGACAAGGAACAACCCCGCCUUCUCUAACAACACUAUAGCUUCAGCCUUUUCGGGGUAUGAUUCUCAGAAAUCACACCAGAAUUUGGAAGAUAAUGUGAUUGGCAUCAGCUGUCAAGAUUUGACAGAAAACGCUAGUGGUCAGAUGGGCACACAAAAUUCAGAAAUGAGAGCCACAAAAAGGAAUCCAGGACAGCGUUCAAGAGUUCGUAAACUCCAGUACAUCGCUGAACUCGAAAGGACAGUAGCCAUGUUACAGAAUGUGGAAGCAGAUUUAUCAGUGAGAGUAGCAACUCUUCUCCAGAAACGGGCGGUUCUGUCAUUGGAGAACAGCCAGCUGAAGCAGCAGAUGGCGAUACUGAAGCAGGAUAAGAUGAUACGGGAAGGUGAAUACCAGUCACUGAAGAAGGAAGCUCAGAGAUUGAAACUGGGAUUGGGAAAUUUGGCGAGCAACAACAAGAAGCUGUACAGGGCAAACUCGGCCCCUAAUAAAGCAACUCCAACACAUAUGGACUGGAACAUGUUCGACAUGACAAGACACAAUCUCAACUAAAUUCAGGAACAGGAGCUAAAAUCUGACAACUUAAUCAGGGUUCUGUCUAAUAUCCACGUCAAGUCCCUUAUAUCAUGUUCUUUACCUUUUGUUUUGUUUAAGUCCAAUAUUUACAGAGAUAGAUAUGUACUUUGGGUACCAAGUAUUCCACUUAUUAGGAAGAAAGUACCAAAGCAUUUCUAAGCUAUGUUUGUGAUGUUAGUG